GCGCGCGACAUAUUGCAGCCUCAGCAUCCGUCCGAGGAGUGCGUUUCAGUGAGUCGGCGGUGAACGUUUUGCUUUUCCUCUGCGGGCACUCGGCGCCGGCCUCCCAUUUUUCUUGGAUGCACCUCGGACGCCGUCAACUCUGACUGCUUGCACAACCACAAGCCGCAUAAUGCUUGUUACCGCCUUCCUCCUGUGGGGCUGCCUGCACGCCGUGGUCGCUGCCCCGGAGGUCGAGUUGAUCACCGAGCCGAGGGCCGGUGAGGAAUACGUCUUCUUCAAGGCGGCCGUGAGCGGACGCAACCCCAGCGUUGAAAUUGUUAACAAAACAACGACCACGACUGCCGCUCCUCAGACAACCAUCAGUGACGAUGAAACGACUGUUCCUACCACUUUCCAGACAGACGCUUACGAAACCAGCGACACCGAGCUUCCUACCGAGUCCAAGGAGGAAGUUCAGACUGAGGUUUCUGUGGUGAUCAGCAAGGAGAUGCAUAUCAACGGCAGGAUAUUCAAGCAGGAGCAGCAGAAAAAGAUGGAAAAUGUGAAAAUCGUGCCUGACAAUCACGAGUCUAGUCAGAACAAGGAAGAAGCUGCCAGUGAAGUGAUCGAGUUCAAGUCUGAGGCCGAGAUCGGCCUUCUCAACAGACCCAGCUUCGAGGGCAAGCGAGGAGACACUUUCACUGUUCCUAGUGGCAAGUUCCAAAGCAUUGACAAGUCCCAGCACACGGCUGCUGUCUCUAACCUCCCCGACCUGCCCCCGUUCAACAUUCUGUCGACCGGAUCCCGCAAGCCCUCCGAAGGCCACGACAUCAUCGCCAAGGGAACGAGCAGCCACCUGCCUCUGCAAGCCGCUGGAACGCAGACUCAGUCGUCCAGGAUCAACGUCAAGAAAGCUGCCAAUGGACAGGAGUACGAAUACGAGUAUAUUUACUAUUACGAUGACGAUGAAGCCAACCCUGAAGGAGAAUCUAUCGAUCUUGAGGAAGACCUGAGCAAGCCCGCAUCAUCCACAACCUCGACCACCAGCACGACGACCACAACCACCACUGAGAGCCCUCAGGAGUACAUUCCCGAGCCCAUCCCGGACAGAAACCAGCACCUCAGGAAGGAGGAUGACAGGUACACAACCAUCAACAGGGUUCGAGGACACCACCGCGCUGAGCCCGUCGAAUACCAUACCGAAGUGCCCUUGGUCAAUGAAAUCAACACUCCCAUCAGGCACUCUGGAAGGCAGCAGCACGCUCUGCCCGAAGUCGAGGAGCAGCCCGAAGAGGAGCGUCUGCCCGUGGCCACCAGGUUCCCUCCUCGCGGAGGCCACCAAAUCGAAUCCUCCGGCCGCGUUCGCCCCAGUCUGGAGCUGGUGGACAGCAAGUCUUUCAGAACUGGAGCCGCCGCCUCCGGCGAAACCUCCAACUCUGGAUCCGGCAGCCGCUUCAACUCUGCUGCUGUGACAGAGGAAAUUGCCGUUCCGCAUCGCGAAGAGACCUUCGUGCCUCCCGCAAAGACUCGCGUUCGUUCCACGACCACCACUUCGACGACGACGACGACCACCACUACUACCACCACCACUGAAGCCCCAGAGGUGGAAUCGACUGAGGCUCCUGCCACUGACAAACCAAGCAAGCCUGCUUACGAUUUGGCCGCUCUCUACGCUAACAUCCAGAGUGCCGACGAUGAAAGGGCAAAUGAAGUGGUUGAGAGCGCUCAGGCUGACGAGGUCAACACCACCGAAGAAGUCGAAGAGACCACAGUGCCCGAGACGACCGUGCUGCCCUCCUCAACCACGACAACUACGACCACGACCACGGAAGCGCCGACCACCACCGAGACCCGCACUCGCAGCCGUCUUAGACCAAGCGCCGGCGGCUCCCUCAGGAAACCGAUCAGCCAGAACAGGAGCAGGAAACUGACGACCGAAGCCCCGGCCGCUGCUGCGCCGCAGGUGAAACCGAGCCAUAGCCCGGCCGGAAGGGUGAGGACCCGCCAGAGAGGCUAUUCCUCUUCGUUCUCCACCGCCGCCCCUGAAGAGGAGGUGGUCAAGGACAGCGCCGCCCCCGUGGCCAACGCCGCACCCGCCUUUGCCACCAAGACCAGGCCGAACAGCAUCAAGAACGCCAUCCACAGACCCAACUUCCCCAGGAGGAGAGGGCCCCCUAGCAGGGCCCCCGCACCCACCGCCGCUGAGGAGAAGCCUGAAGAGGAUCCGACCGCCGAAGGAGAGCCCAUCAACGUCGAGCUGGCUCCUUCGGCUCCUUCCGUCACCAGCACUACCUCAACCACCACUGCCAAGCCCAGAGCCAUCGCUAGCAGGCCUAGGUCUCCAGCUUUGCUGUUGAGGGGCAGAAACAGGGUUGGACUGCCAACGACCACAGCAGCCCCAGCCACCAGUGAACAGUCUAGUGAAGAGGCGUCCGCCCCCGAGGCCCCAGUUGAGGCUUCUUCCGAAGCAUCUCAAUCUCCGCAGGAGGAUUCAACUCAAGCACAAAUCUCGACCGCGGCGCCAACCGGCCUGAACCGCCUGCGCAAGAGGCCCGCGGCGCUGGUGGUCACGGAAAAGCCGAAAAAGCCCGUGGCAGCGCAGUCUCCCGUGAGCAGGCGACAGCUGUUGGCCCGUCCGAGGAGGCCCGGCCCGCUGACCCCGUCGACCCCCGAGCCUAAGGCCUCAACCGAAAGCGAGGUCGGCGCCACCAACAGCGAGGAGACGGCAGAAGCGAGCAGCCCCGAGGUGGAGGCGAGCCCGUCGAGCACGACCACCUCCACGGCCGCCCCCGAGGCGCAAACCACCGAGAGUUUGGUCAGUUCGCUGAUCAAGAAGCGAGCCGGCAGGAAGCCCGGCCACUUCCGCUCCAGGGGAGCCGCUAGUGAAUAAGAACGUUUGCCAUAAGUGUAAUUUUAGUUAUGUAUCUACUGACGAGAGAACGAAACGAAAGAAAGAACUUGCCUCGACGACAUUAUUUAAUUUCUAAUUUUAACGAGUUUGUAAUUUGCUUGGGUGAUAUCAAUAAAUACUGGAUGAAAGGCUAAAUUUGAAAGAGUCGAAAGAGAGUUUUAGCAAAA